AUGGAGACCUCAUUGGUGGGGGCGGGGGACGGCAUGUCUGAUUUGAAGAAAGCUCCCGCAAAGAGGCGGCGGCAUUGUAGCCCGAAGAUGCAUGAGCACGACCACCCCACGCAUGGAGCCGAUGAGAAACAGGAGACAAGGGGACUGGGCAUGGCGGUGGAGGGGCCGUUGCUCAAAGGACCGCGGACGGAAGCCAAGACACAUUCGAAUUUUGUGGAGCUUCGCCGUACACUGGUGGAUGCCGCUGCAGUG